CCAAACCGAGUGAAGAAAAAAGAUUAGGUAAAAAAGCCCAGGUCCAAAUGUGCCCCGAAACCCAACCAAUUACCACUUGGGUUAAGCUUGUGAGUUAGCCCUAAACGGUUAAACUUGACCCGAAUUAUGUAAAGAAUCUGAAUCCGAUUAGCUUGAUCUGACCCGAUCAAAAGUGCCACCCCGAAGGCCUAUCCACUUGUCCCUGGUGAACCCAUUUGCUCUGCAAUGACAUUGCUGCUCUCAUCGGUGAAUGAAUGGCGGAGAUGAAGAGUUUCAAGACAAUUGGGGUCGUGGGUAGCGGCCAAAUGGGCUCUGGAAUAGCCCAACUCGCCGCAACGCAUGGCUUCGACGUUUGGGUCCUAGACACCGACCAAGACGCUCUCUCCAGAGCCACCAAGUCCAUCUCUAGCUCCAUCCAGCGUCUGGUUUCCAAAGGACAACUCAGUCAGGCUGUAGGUAAAGAUGCUUUGGAACGUCUAUGGUUUACCUCAAACUUGGAAAAGCUUUCUUCGGCAGAUAUAAUUAUCGAAGCUAUUGUGGAAUCUGAAGAUGUGAAGAAAAAGUUAUUUCUUGAGCUAGAUAAGAUCACAAAAAGUUCGGCCAUACUGGCAUCUAAUACAAGUUCCAUCUCCAUUACUCGCCUGGCGUCAGCAACUAGCAGACCACACCAGGUGAUUGGCAUGCAUUUUAUGAAUCCUCCUCCUAUAAUGAAACUUGUUGAGAUUGUGCGAGGAGCAGACACAUCAGAUGAGACAUUUGAUGCCACAAAAGCCUUGGCAGAAAGGUUUGGCAAGACAGUAAUAUGCUCGAGGGAUUAUGCGGGCUUUGUUGUAAACAGGAUCUUAAUGCCAAUGAUUAAUGAGGCAUUUUUUGCACUUUACACAGGUGUGGCAACGAAGGAAGACAUUGAUGCAGGAAUGAAACUGGGAACAAAUCAUCCAAUGGGUCCUCUAGAGCUUGCAGAUUUUAUUGGAUUGGAUGUCUGUGUGUCCAUUCUGAAAGUUCUUCAUGCUGGCCUUGGGGACAAUAAAUAUGCUCCCUGCCCCAUCCUUGUACAGUAUGUUGAUGCAGGUCGUCUUGGAAGAAAACGAGGUAUUGGGGUAUACGACUACCGUCAAAUGCUUGGAUCAGUAAAACCCUCAUCCAAACUUUGAACUCUGGGCGUUUCCGGAAUAUCUAAUAGCCAUUGUCUAUAUGGUACAUUGUGGUUCACUUGAAAUAAUCGUGCAACACAUUUCUAAAGGGGCAUUUCAAUCUUGAAUUGCCAAAUAUAAAGCCUGAAGGUUCCGAGUUGUAAAGGGGAUCUUCACAGGCAUGUACACUGGUUGUGGAUUGUAUUACUUUUUUUCUUUUAAUAACAUAAUUCCCCCAGAUUAUUGCA